GCGUUGCUCGUCUCUUGCACACUGACGUCACCAGAGUUUGGGGAGAAACAUCCGUGAAGACUCGGAGUGGUGGGAGCUGAGAACUACGCCUGCAGAGGGAUAUUUCUCCGUGUGAGGAAGAACAAAGUCUAACUUUGCUUCGCUGAGUUUGGAAGGAAGCUGAUCUCUAACUGCUCAGUAACUGUUAAAGGAACAUCUGAGGAGAAGCUAACAGAGAUGUGGAGGCAGCAGUUCAAACAGUGGCAGAGUGCAGCAGUGGGAGACAUUUCCCAAACCGCUAAAAAAGAGGAAGGAUUUCAGCGGCUCCACAACACCUUGGAGGCUGGUUUCAACCCCAAAGUUCUGCUGCACAGAUUAGAUGUUAAGCAGAUGCUGAUGGUUAAAGAAAAAGCUGCUGUAAACCACAGAGUUUGUGCUGACCUACAUGACCCAAAGCCCCUCCACAUAAAGAAGGAACAGGAGGAAGUCUGCACCAGUCUGGAGGGAGAGCAGCUUAAUGGGGAGGAGAUUGAUGCCAUCAGCUUUCCAGUCACUGCUAUUCCAGUAAAGAGUGUGGAUGAUAAACAGUCCCCUCUGCUGUUACAGCUUCAUCAAGACCAAAUUAGAGGCAGAGAGCUUGAAGAAGAGAACUAUGGAGAAGAAUCCAUCUGGAUACGAGAUCACGAAGAUUGUUGCAUUUCCUCAGAGGCUAAAGUCACUGAGAAGGAAGAAGAGGAUGAUGAAUCUGGACUGAAAACUAAGGACAUGGACAAUGACUGGAAGGAGAGCAGAUAUCCUGAGUUAGAUGGAAACAUUGUUAACAAACCUUUUAGCUCCUCUGACUUUGCUGGACAGCAUGUUCACAGUCACUCUAUUCAGAAACACAUGACAGAUUUAGAAAAAGGUUCUUCAAGCUCUUUGGAUAAUAAAUGUUUUACGGAGAAUAAAAAGGUGGGCUCAAUAAAGAAAGUCCAGGCUGGAGUGAAGUUGAGCUGUAAAGAGUGUAGUAAAAUAUGUAAUGGAAAAUAUGCUUUAAACACACACAUGAGAGUCCACACGGGAGAGAAACCUUUCUGUUGUGAUCUUUGUGGACAUAGAUGUACCCGAAGAGGAAAUUUAAACGCACACUUGAGAUGUCACACGGGGCAGAAACCUUUCUUUUGUGAUCUUUGUGGACAUAAAUUUACCCAUAAAGCCAAUUUAAACACACACAUGAGAAUCCACACGGGGCAGAAACCUUUCUGUUGUGAAGUUUGUGGACAAAAAUUUACGAGAAAAGACAAUUUGAAUACACACAUGAGAAUCCACACUGGUCAGAAACCUUUCUGUUGUGAUGUUUGUGGACAUAAAUUUACCCAUGAAGCCAGUUUAAACACACACAUGAGAUUCCACACGGGGCAGAAACCUUUCUGUUGUGAAGUUUGUGGACAAAGAUUUACGAGACAAGACAAUUUGAAUACACACAUGAGAAUCCACACUGGUCAGAAACCUUUCUGUUGUGAAGUUUGUGGACAGAGAUUUACCCAAAAAGAUCAUUUGAACAAACACGAGAGUGCACACAAGAGAGAAACCUUUCUGUUGUGAUGUUUGUCGACAUAAAUUACCAAUGAAGCCAGUUUAAAUACACACGAGAGUACACACUGCAGGUAAUCUAUGAAUUCUAGUGGCUAAUCUAUGAAUAAUAAAACUGCAGUUUGCUUUGAUAUAUAUGUGCAUUUACGUUAAAGGCAACAGUCUUCAAUCGUUGGUUUCAGGAUUUCUGUUGUGGCUGAUUUUUGUAUUUUAAUCUUUAAAAAAUGUUAAGUUGCGGAUUAGUUGUAUAACUGGUAGUUUCUUUUCCACUCGUGUCUGUCCACUGUAUUUAAUCUAUUGUUCAGAUUGAGUUUUAUCACAGGUGUGUUUUCUGUACAUGUGAACGCUUUGGUUUCUAAUACACAAUCAGAGGACCUUGGAGUCAUUGAGUCGACCAUAAACUCCUCCAAAUACCAGAGUAGUUUUGAGUCAGGAUAAAGUCAGCUGUAGCUUGGACCAAAGUGGGUUAUCAACAGAACUAUGAUCCCAGACACAGAAGCAAAUCUACAAUAGAUCAGCUAAAGAAAACAAUCAAGUCGCUGCAAUGGCCUAGUUAAAACCCAGACCAAAUCAGAUUGAACUACUAAGAUCUCACCAGAGUUGUGCAGAAGUAAAUUUUUCCGAACCUCAAUGAAAUGAAAUAGAGUAAUGAGGGCAAAGAUAAUUUCUUUGUGUGUGUGCUUUUAGUCCUCUCAUCCCUGAGUCGGUCACAGCAGAUGGGUAUUCAUGCAGACCUGGGUUCUGUUGAGAGUUUCCUCCUGUUAAAACUGAGUUUUUCCUUCCUGCUCUCUCCACAUGUUUGCUCUGUAUGAGAUUUUCAUCAAAGUCAAUGCCUUUAUGCAGCUGGCUGAACUUCCUUAAAAGGAGAACUGUUUACCAAUUGCAAUAAUAUCCUGAAUUUUAUUUGCCUUACAACUAGGUUUGAAUCAUUUUGUGUGUAAUUGACUUAAGUCUGUGUUUUUGUCACUGGUUUCAAAAAGUUUUUAUGUAAUUUUAUGUAAGAUCAAUAAAAAAAUCUUAUUUUAACAGAA